AUGUACAUCAAAAUCCAGAAUUUGUGUUCCUUACAAGGUGAAGGUAGCAGUCAUGGUGGCAAAAGUGGUACUGAUUACACCAUCAUUAAUAUUUCUAAAAUGGCUUCAAUAAAUAAACUCAAAGAAAUGAUUGAAGAAGAGUUAGCAAUCAAAGCAGAGGUACAAAAACUGCUUCAUAAAGGGAAGGAGCUGGUGAAUGAUCAUCGUGUGGUCGACUAUAACAUUAAGCUAGAUGAUAUAAUUCAGUUGAUGAUUACUACACCAAAGACAGACGUUGAGGAUGACAAGAAGAAAGUUGACAUAAAAAUCACCAAACCAAAGAAGGAACAAUACAAAGAAGCACAAAGUAAAUUCUAUAAAGUUGGCGAUCUCAUUGAUGUGCUACUCGUUGACAAUGGUGCUUGGUAUGAAGCAUAUGUCCACAAAAUUCUCAAAACAUCUGAUGAUGACGAAGUUGAUGAAAACGAUUUAAUUUUCCGUGUGAGGAAUGCUUCCCAUGUAAUAUCCUUUGAGACAGAUGCGAAAUUUGAUGACAUCAGACCAAGAUCUAGUUAUUGUUAUAAAACAUCUGAAUUAGAAAAAGGAAUGAUUGUUCUAGCCAAUUACAAUACUGAGGAGAAGAAGUCACGGGGUCAUUGGUAUGAUUUCGAAGUGGAAGGAGCAACUAGAACAUCUGUAAAAGGCACUCUACUAGUUGGUAGGGAUAAGACUCGCCUAGAGAAUUGUUCCCUAAAAUUCGUCAAUGAAAUUAUGAGGAUUGAGAAGCCAAAAUUGCUUUCUGACCAGUCCCAGGAUGAAAUCAGUGUGACUAACAGAAAAUAUCCGGUGAACUGUGAGAUAUGCAAAGAUGUACCAAACAAAAAAUGCAAAGAAUGUGGAUGUCGAGUCUGCCGUGGAAAAGAUAGUUGUGAUACCAUGAUAUUAUGUGACGAAUGUGACUAUGGGUACCACAUUUCCUGUUUGAAUCCUCCUCUGGAAUCUGUUCCUGAUGAAGAUGAAUGGUAUUGUCCAGAAUGCAAAACUGACGAUUCGGAAAUAGUAAAAGCCGGUGAAAAAUUGAAGGAGAGUAAGAAAAAAGCCAAAAUGGCUAGCAGUAAAGGUGAAUGCAGCAGAGAUUGGGGUAAUGGAAUGGCUUGUGUUGGACGUACUAAAGUUUGUACCAUUGUAUUGAAAAAUCACUAUGGUCCUAUACCUGGCGUAGAUGUUGGAACUUGUUGGGCUUUCAGGAUGCAGGUUUCAGAAGUAGGUAUCCACAGACCUCACGUGGCUGGUAUCCAUGGCAGAGAAAAAGAUGGCGCUUACAGUAUCGUCCUGAGUGGUGGCUAUGAGGACGAUAUCGAUGAAGGUGAAGAGUUCCUCUACACUGGCUCCGGCGGUCGCGAUUUGUCUGGAAACAAAAGAUGCGGUCAUCAAAGUAGCAAUCAGAAAUUAACCAGAAUGAAUAAAGCCUUGGCGCUAAACUGUUAUGCUAAAUUCAACAACCAAGUGGGAGCCGAAUCUGAAGAAUGGGAGAAGGGAAAACCGGUCAGAGUAGUGCGUAAUUACAAUGCAGCCAAACACUCGAAGUAUGCCCCCAAGGCUGGCAAUCGAUACGAUGGACUGUACAAAGUGGUGAAAUACUACCCGGAGAAGGGCAAGUCAGGAUUCAUUGUCUGGAGGUACUUGCUGAGAAGAGAUGAUAAGGAACCUGCUCCAUGGGAAGAAGGUGGUAAAGAGUCGGAUGUUAUCUAUCCUGAUGGAUACCUUGAAGCUGAAGAAGCCAAAGAAGCCAAAGAAGCCAGGGAAGCCGAAGAACAAAAGAAAAACAAGGAAAAUACUCCCAGCACGUCAGGCACAUCGAAUCGAGGAUCCAAACGGAAGAAACAAGAUCUCUCCAAACCCCUUGCAGACUUCUUCAAGAAUACUCCGAAGAAGAAGCCCAAAUUAGAGCAAUAUGAGUUACCAGACGAUGUGAAAAGUCUGAUUGAGAAAGAUACUGUGAACGAUAAAGAUUGGUCUGAAUGUAAGGAGACAUUGAAAGAUGGAAAGAAAGCAUUCCUGGAUAAAGUAGGAGACAUUUUCAAGUGCAUUUUCUGCUUGGAAGUUGUUUUUGAACCUGUCACAACAGAGUGUGGGCACAACUUUUGUAAGGCUUGUCUAAAGAGGGCAUUUACCGCUGACUGCCAUCAAUGUCCCUGCUGCAGGAAGGACUUGGGCAAGGGUUUGGAAAUUAAUGAAAAACUGAGCGAAACAAUGAAACUGCUUUUUCCGGGCUAUGAAGCGACCCGAUAA